AUGCCUACUCCCAUUGUGGAUUCCCACAUCCACCUCUUUCCAGCAUCCCACCUACCAACGUUGGCCUGGUACGAGCCGGGUAGUCUUCUCGGCUCGCAGCAUAGCGUCGACGAAUACCGACAGGCCUCCUCUGCCGUUUCCACCAAGAAAGACGGUACUGAGCCGAAAUACAUACGCGGAUUCAUUUUCGUGGAGACAGACCGCAUUUCAUCGGUGGUGGAUGGUCAGCCGGAUGGCCCAGGAUGGUCCCAUGCCCUCGACGAAGUAUCUCUCUUGACACGCAUUGCGCAGGGGGACCCUGUGCCCGGAGAGGGACACAACGCCAUUGAUAGUGAUCUCUGUCUAGGAAUCAUUCCGUGGGCACCAGUCCCGGGUGGUCCAGAAGCAUUGAUUCCGUAUAUGGCCAGAGUCAAGGAACGGACAAAAACGGAACAGGUCUGGCAUAAGGUGCGCGGGGUGAGAUAUUUGGUCCAAGACAAACCAGCUGGAGUUAUGCUCCAACCGCACUUUAUUGAAGGCUUGAGCUGGCUAGGACAACAAGGCUUUACCUUUGAUCUCGGGGUGGAUGCCAGACAAGGUGGAUUGCAUCAAUUGCGUGAAGCUGUGGAGAUGAUUCACAAACUGGAAGGUUCCAGUGCAGUGACAAUCAUUAUUAAUCACCUUUGCAAGCCUAAUCUCCGGAUUCCCCCAGACUCUGUCACUACCCAUGCGGAAUACCUCGAGUGGAAAGAACUGAUUACACGGAUGGCCCAGGCGAGCCCAAGGACCUACAUGAAGCUCUCAGGCGCAUUUUCGGAGCUUCCACCAUCCACCGCUGGCUCCGACCCCGAUAUCUCUGACCUAGUGGACCGUCUCCAGCCUUGGACAGACGUGGUGUUUGAUGUGUUUGGAGCGGAGCGUGUUAUGUUUGGCUCGGAUUGGCCCGUGUGCAAUGUUGGCGGCGGAGGCAAUGAUGCCUCGUGGAAUCGGUGGAGGCAUGUAGUUGAAGGAGUUCUCAAAAGAAGGGAUCUGACAGAGGAACAGAAGCAGGGUGUUUGGGGGCAAGUGGCCGUGAAGGCUUAUGGCAUUGGGAUUUGA